AUGAGUAAGCUCGCGCGGACGAUGGCGUCGUCUUGCGCUCGUCCGCAAUGGCAAACACAGGAUCGUACUGUGUACAUAACGUAUUGUCGUUUCGGAGCAAUCAAACAAGCACGUCCGCUACAUUUGCGCUGCAUCCGACGACUCGUGAGCGUGUGUACAGAAACGCAGGAUUUUCCUGUACGGAGCCUACCCGCACAGUUUUUACGGGCGGCAGAUCCAUCCAACUACGAUGCCAACGGCCAACGCGUCGAUGUGGCCUACGAUUCAGAAACGGGCAAGCCCAUGCAUGUGAGCUCUUCCAAGACAGAUGUCGAUAUUCGAGACUGUGUUUUGGUCGACAAUGCAUACCGAGUCACAUGGAAGGAUGGCCGUGUAUCCGAAUACACGAAAGCCUGGGUGCAAGCUCAGGUGGAAAGUUGGCAAGGCACACAGUACAAAGUGGAAGAAAGUAGGAAACGAGUGUUGUGGACGGGCUUUACCGCUGAAUCGGUACGGUCGUCUACGGAAUUGUAUUUGCAGUUUGGUGAUGUCUUACAGCCUAUUGGAUGGAAGCAAGCCUUGCGGUCGUUGUAUCGGUACGGGAUCGUCUUGGUCCGAAACACACCCACAACCGAUGGAGGCGCCGGAAUCGCAGCUCUGGCAGCCGCCAUUGGUGGCGGAUCCGUGAAGAAUCACACCUCUCUUGUACCGGGAUAUUUGGAUGGUAGUAGCGACGUGAUUUGUUCACCGCAAGGUACGGACGGACCGCUGCGCACCUUGUACGGGACGGUGUGGUCUACGACGUCGUCGGGACAACCAGUCGGAACCAGUACGGCCGAUUCCGCCUACGGGCACGCUAGCCUACCUCUGCAUACGGAUAUGACUUACAUGCGUGAUCCCCCUGGUCUGCAGAUCUUCACUAUGGCCCGUCCGGCGACCAAGGGAGGGGAAAGUGUGUUUGGUGACGGGUUCGCCGCUGCCGAAUUCCUGCGCGGGACCAACCCGGCUGCUUUUGCAACUCUCUCGAGCACCACUCGUCGCUAUCGUAGCGUGGAUGCGUCCACGGGUUGGCAUUUGGAAGCUUCGGGACCAAUCAUUACGGUACUAGACCGCAAUGGUCACCAAGACAGUGUGGUGGGCAUUCGCCACAACGAUUUAGAUCGCUUACCGGAUUUGCCUCCACCUAGCGCUGAUCCGGACGAAUUUUACAGCCAAUUGAUCGAGGCACAUCAGGCGUGGGACGAGAUAUUAGCACGGGACGAUUUCCGACUCGUCAUUGGUUUGGAACCGGGGGAAACCAUGGUGGUGGCCAACCAGGUAAAGAUGUCUGGUUUGGACCGGAUGCUACCGUCGACCGACCCUUUUGAAUCGGCACGGCACGUCACGUAUCUCACCUUUUUCCGACCGUUUGUCAAUUUUAAAAGCGCUGUUUCCACGGACGCUUCAGUUUCGACACUAGCGUCGCAUCGCCGCGUUCCGUGA